UGUUUUUUGGGUAGAGAUGAGGUAUUGAAUUCAGUUAAAAUGAAAAAAAUAAAUAAUAAAAACAACUAACUGCGGUGAAAUCUACAGGUUGUUAAAAAUUUUUAACUGAAAUUUUGAUUCAGUUGUUAUUGGCGUUGACAUGUUUUAAGUUCUACAAAUAAACAUCAAAUUGUUAAAAAAAAGAAAAAAUAAUAAUAAAAUUUGGCAAAAAGUCAUAGUGUAUUCAUAACAUACAAUUUAUAAAAACCUCCAGCUCCGGGUGCAAUUAAUCAAAUUUUUGUGUGAUUUUAACACUAACUAGUUUUGAUGACAUAAAGAAGUUUUGAUGUUUGUGUCGAAAAAACAAACAAAAAAAUAUAUGAAAUCCCCACCACAAGAUUUUUUAAUUGGAACUUGUUUUAUUAAUUUGUGGCAACAAUAAACAUCAUCAUCAUCACCACACAUCAAAAGAAAAACUGACAACAAAUUGCAAUUGUAACAAUAGUGGAUGUAAUUCGACGUCUGGCGGCGGAGGAGGAGGCGGACAAAUCAAUGGUUGUUACUGUCAAGAUCUAGACGAACAGAGUACUGAAAGUAUUGCUGAGACUUGUGAUUCACAUCAACAACAAUUACAAUUACUGCAUCAUAAACAGCAGCAGCAACAACAACUUCAACAGCAACAACAGUCACAACAUUUACAUUAUCAUCCCCACUACCAUGAGCUACAAUCUACAGUGGGAACUGCAGCUACAACAAAUGAUUAUUAUGAACAUUUAAAACGUUUAGAUAAACUAGCACUUGGCCUUGUCACGGAACAAUUGCAUCCGUGGCAUAACGAUAAGAGUGAUUUAGAAAGUUUAAAUUCGGAUUAUUUUAAAAAUUCUCUACAUCAAUCGAACGAUUUGAAACAACAACAUCAUCAACAGCAGCAACACUUGCACCAGCAUCCUCAUCAACAGCAACAAUUGGAAUUUGAAACAUUUGAACAGGCGGUACAUUUAUUGGCGCAGGACAAACCUCGCAUAUAUCAAUCGAGAAGGCAGAAACGUUCUUGUAAUUUAGAAAAAUCUCAUAAACAAUCGAAUUCCACGCCUGCUAGUGGUGGUGAAUCUUGUCCCGAGAAUAGUCAGAGUAGUGUAUUUCCCGAGACCACCACCAGCAAUUCAGAUGAUCAAACCGAUAGUGCUUCGUUGUCGGAACAAGAAUAUGAUAUAACAAAAAUCGAAGAAAUAUUUCAAAAAACUCAGAUUGAGGGUGACGAAGAGAGUUACGAAAUCAUAAGCUUGACCACAACUACACGCACUAGAUUUGAAACAACCGAAGACGAGGCAGAAGAUCCAGAAGAAGAGGAGGAGCGCGAACGAGAAAGAGAUUGUUUUCUAGAGGAACAAAUAAAUUCACAUAGAUUUCGUACCGAACCAGAUGCUACAUCCAAGGAAGUUGGAGAAGAGGAAGAAGCUGACGAUACAGAAGACUCCAAUAGACACACAACCACAGAUACAGAAAUUGAAGGUACCCUAAAGAGGGCACGGGCUGUAAGUGAUAAUUUACAAAAAAUUAUAGCCUAUGACUCGGUUUAUCUCUCAUCUGAAGAAAGUUCCGAUAGUACAUUAAUAGAUGUAGAUGGUUGCGAUACUUCUUUAGAGGUAGCCAGUGUAUGCACCUGUAUUGAUGAGGUAGAGACUCUACUACACAUUUCCAUAGAGGACACUAUCUAUGAACCCCAAGCUAAACAACACAAGUUUGAAGUGAAUUGUAAAACUCAGGAAACGCCAGAAACUAUAAGCUUUGUGGAAACGGUAAAUACUAAAAUCGAAAUUUUAGAUCGUUGUGACGAUUUAGAUGCGGAAGAUAUUAAACCUAUUUAUACGCAAAUUUUGAAAAUUGAACAUACUCCCUGCAGCAGUACUUUACAGCAACAGCAUACCACUACCAUACCGGCUGGUGUUACCUCAAGUGCAGCUAGUAAACCAAAGAUUUUAUCUGUUGUUGAAAAACGCAAACUAAAACGUUAUUCAGACUCUGCGUAUUCUUCUAACGUAAGCGAUUCAUCUGAAAAGGGGCUUACACCGCCCAACACAACAGACUCAUCAUCUGGCUCUUCCGGCUACACGCAUGCCAGUCAUCUGAAACGUCAAGUGGCGGAACCACUUUACAUACCUUUGAAAUCAAAUCUUAGUGAUAAUCAAUAUCACAGUUUACCGGACGUUAAUAUCGGACAAAUUCUUAAGGUUUCUGAAAGCAUUGAUGCGCAACUAAGGUCAUCAUAUAAUUUAAAUAAUUGCUGUUCAUUAGACGAUACGGUAGACGAUUGUCAUUUACAGCACGAUACGUCUCACACGUCGUCGUUAGCAUCAAGUACUAAUCAUUGUAAUAAUAGUAAUAACAAUCGUCAGUUACGCGAUGAAGUUGUGACUAGUGAGGAAAUUUAUGAUUCUAUAAAGCGAUUUGGUAGAGCCCAUCAAGAAUUUAAACAAAAAGAAAGUCAAGUUUUUGAGUUACAAACGGAAAAGAAGGAGGAAGAGCAGCAUCAGUUGGCAAAGGAAGAUUCUUGGAGUUCAGAUAAUUCAUUUGAAAUUCAUGAGGAUAAAGAUACAACUCCAAUACCGCAACCGCCAUCACCCGACAAUUUAAGCCCUGAAAACACGGAAAUAUCCAAACCAACAGAAGACGUUUGUAAACAAGCCAGCUUUAUACCAGAAGUUGAAGCAACCCCAAACAAAAAUUUUGAUACCACAAAAUCACUGCAGCAACAUUCCCCCCAACUACAAAGCUACGACAGUUUGGAGAAAUCCAAAGACGCACCUGGAAUUGAAAUUGAAAAUUUUAGUCAACAAAUCGAGCGUAGAGCCAAAGAAAUACGUGCAAGUGGUAGACGUACCCAAUUGCAACAAAUUGAAUUUGCCAAUCGAGCCAAAUUUCGUUUGGAAAAUACUUUAAGUCAAUACGAAGACAUACAAGAAGAAACCAAAGAAAUUAAAUGUAAUAAAUUACAAAAUCAAACAACCAAAAAUUCUCUAUUCCGCAUCGUGGUAACGGAUGCCCAAAAUAAUAUUAUAGAAGAAGAUUCCAUACAGAGUUUGGAAACCAAAGAGGAGCAAAGAGAAGAGGAAAAGGAAAAUUUCCAUUUAGGUAGUACCAAAAAGAAAAACAAUAGAAUUGAAAACGCGGAUGAGGUGUUAAUGGUGAGAUUUUCGAAAGAGCGACUUAAAGAAAAGCCAAUAACUACAGGAAGUAAUCGAGGAGGAGGUUCUCUGAAGAGAGUGCCCUCCAAACAUCGCAGACAACAAUAUCCGACAACGCUCACACAAGCUAAUAGCUCAAGUCAACAUUUAAGCAUAGCAGAAACCAAAAAACUCUUGUUAUCGCCCAAAUCCAAAGAAAGAAGAGUGCUCAGCAAUCAAAUUUACAGAGCAAGACCCGUUAAAGUAAUAACAACCACUACCACAACCACCACUACAACGACCACAGAUUCAUUUCGACGCAACAAAGUCAAACACCAAAGCAACAAAAUGUCGCGGCCACAAAUUUUACAAGUCAUUGACAAUAAGCGUAAAUUAGAAAGUGGUUUGGCAGUGACUGGCAACCCAACGGCUGGUAACCCGACAACUAACACAACAACAGCAACAUUUAAUGCCAACCAUAUAUUCCACAAUAAUGGAGAAGGCAGUCAAGUAGAAAACGAAUAUUUGAAAAAGGUUGAUGCUGUACGUUGUUAUUGGUCCAAAUUGGUAAAUAGUGAUUUAGAACAGCAACAACAGCAGCAGCAGCAACAACACGAAGCAGAUGACGAACGAGAAGAUGAAGAAUCUGAAAAAGUAAAGGAGCAACCAUCUAACAACAACAACCAUAAACAGAAAGCAGAAGUGGUAAAUGAACAACAGCAGCCACCAGAAUAUAAAGAGCAAAUAUUGCCGACGAAACAAUCAAAGAAAACAAAUGACACGGAAAAUUUGAAUGAAUCUCAGUCACAGCAGCCAACUCCACAAAAACACCAGGAGCAUCGUUACGAAGAAAAAAAGCAAUUUAUUUUAGGUGCUCAACCAACAACAGCCACGACUUACACGUCUCCAGAUGAAGUAGACAAUCGAAUGCAUGUAAGAAAUGUAACAUCAGGUGACAGCCACAACAAGACGUUGGCAAACAAUAACAACAGUCAACACCACCACCACCAGGAUGACUAUUGCAGUUUUAUGCCCUCCAUCGAAAUAGUCGAAUUAGAUGGUGACAAAAAAGCCACCAUCGUUAGUGCGGUGCCAUCGAAUCUAUCGUCUUUAGGUGGCAACGAGGCCAACGAUGGAGAUAUUGAUGACGCCAAUGAGCCACAAUUCGAUCAUAUACGUUACAAAGUUUUGAAAUCACAACAACUGCUGCGCAGCAAUGUGUUGGCACGUAACAAAAAGGAGGCACAAUUCGAUGGCCUUAUUCAGUACUUGCAGGAAUACAGUUUCCAAGAGUUGUUGUCCAACAACAACGUAGUCAUAGUGGAGCCGGUGCGCACUAAAAUUGAAAGACCAUUUGGUACAACUAACACCAUAAACGGUCGUCAGACAAAAGAUGCCAGUGCAACGAAGGCUCUGCCAACACAGUAUGUCCAAAAUAAUGAUGGCAAACGAAAACAACGUAGUAAUACUGUUGCUGGCAAUAUAAAUUCUAAUGCUCUGGCGGGUAGCGGAAAUGGUUGUGGUGGUAGUGGCAUAAAACGACACUUUUUCUAUCAACCCGUACGAGUAAAUCGUGAACUCUAUGAAGAGGAGUUGCCAAAUCCAGAUACUGUGCGAAAUGUGCGUAAAUUUUUUGAAGAGCACAUACUGCCAACACCAGGUCAAGGACUGCUCACAAAGAAUAGUCAACAAAAUAAUGGCGCCAUCAAAACUACAACAAAACAAACAAGUCCUAAAUCACGUAGGGCUAGAAAAUAUCGUUACCUCACCAUAGACACCUCCUAUGGACAUGCAACUACUGCAGCCGCCUCAGCAGCAACAGCAGCAGCCAAACAAUCUAUAAAUUCACCACAACGAAAAUGGGAUACAGCCAGUCUUUCUAGUGGUAUAUCAAGUGGAGAUUUGUCAUCACCAUGUGAAUGCAAUGACAUGGAAAAUAAUCAAAAACAUACUGAAACAACAGCCAACAACAAUAGUGCAGGACAACAAAAGGACUCUGAAAAUAAUGAGGAAAACUUAGCUAAACAAGAACAAGUUGAUGUUGAUGAUGACGCUACAAAACCCGUACAUGUUCAGGAUUUAGUAAGAAAACAUAAUAGCAGUAAUACUAUAAGAAAACCACGUUCCUCUGCCUUUGGCGUACCGGUACGUUCAUCAGGCAUACGUCCUCGUAGUGCCAUCUAUGGUUCAUUACACAAAAGUUCCAAGUCUAGUAAUUAUCGUGACAUUUAUGAAUAUCAUAUUAAGCAUCAUGAUUCCGAUGACCAUGAGGCUGCCGAUGAUGGAGAUGCUGAUGGGGAUGACGAUGACAAUGAUUUGUUUGGUGAUGUUGAAGAUGACGAGGAUGAGUUGUGUGAUACAUACUAUGUCAGUAAUGAUGUUUUGCGUAAAAUACGCGAAUGUGGUUCUUCCGUUACCUAUUACGGCGGUCGUGUUGUACAAACAACCUCCACGUCCGCGUCUGCAAAUCCACAUGAAACUUAUGGCUGUGCUAACAACAAUGGACUCCACCAUUUCAAUAAUACAAUUGCUGCAGCAAACAAUGCAACUGCAACAGCAAUGCCCUUUAAAAAUCCCACAAUGAUGACACAAACCCAAACAAGGGCUAGAGUUCGUGAAAUUGAAACUUGUUGUAAUAAUUCAGCAGAGGGUGCUGCUGCAAUAUGCUCUAUGAAAGGCACUAAUAACGAAUGCCAUCAUCAUUUUCAUGGAAAACAAUUAGAACAAAAGAAAUCGCACUUAAUAAAGAACGAUAAUGUGACGGCGAACAAUGGUGGCAAAAUGACAACGGCCGCAAACCCCAAAGAUGAACACUACGAACAUAUUAAUAAUAGUGUUAAACAUAAAGCUCAAGGAUUCAAAGGAGGUGAUAAGGCCGAUCGUAAUGAUGGCGGAGGCAUAACAUUUAAACUUGUUAAAUCAAACAGUUGCAGCAGUCGUUUGGAAUUGGCUGGUGCUACAGAUAAUGAGCCCGAAGAAACGGAAGUUGUACGCAAAAUGGUACAUCAUUUUGAAGCAUCGAAAACCAACAGUGGCAGCAGUAGCAGCAAUAUGCGUACGUCAAUGAAAGGCACUACCAACAAUGAACCAACACUAACAAUCAACAAUCAAACAUGUUGUCAAGAUAAUGUAGACAACAACAAAAACUAUCAACAUAAAGCAAAUAAUAAUGAAGUUUAUACACCAAAUGCUAUUACUCCUGCUAAUAGAGAGGGUCCGAACAUUGAGGAAAAGAAUCACGAUUGUGGCAUUAAACUAGUAACUGUAAAUAAUCACAUAAAUAUUGCUAAAGGAAAUCUAACAGAGUCUUGUGCCGCAGUAAAUGAUUUGGUAAGACUUGAGGAAAGAACAGAAAUGGCUGACAAGAAAAUGGAGGAAGAACAAAAAAUGUAUCACAGUGAAGCUAAAGAUAUACAUUUGGAUAAUAGUAAUGGAGUUAGGAGUAAUGGUGGUAAUGGUAAUGCGGGAACAUGUGUGAAAAUAUGCCGUAAUAAAAAUGUCGAUUUGGCAUUUACAUUUGUUAAGCAGCAGCCAGCUAAAUCCACAGGGAUCAACCCUGAAAUUGGCAAAAAUAAUACACAUAUUGGUAAAGAAAAGUUGACUUCUAUGUAUGAACAAGAACAAGAAUCAAAUACAAUGGAUAAAGACACGAGUUUGUCGAAAAAACUGGUGACAUAUGAAAAUACUUUGUUGCCAACAAUAACUGCUACAACAAAAGUGACAACAACAGCAACAAAAACACAAAAUAAAAUAUCAAUGGGGGAUUUAAAAGUUGAUGAAGCUCAAAAUAAAACGAAUAACAAAAUAACAAACUCAUCAAACAUUAACCGAACUACAAACAAUAAACCUUCACAAAUCAUUGUGCCUGUUGAAAUACAUCGUGUUGAUACCUCCAAGGAGCUAAAGAAUAUGGAUAAUACAAACACCUCCUCCACCUGCAACUCUUUAUACUCCACAACUUCCUUGGCCCAUAGCUCCAAAGGUAGUGGUGGUGGUGGUGAUGAAAAAUCAUUUUUGCCUCUCAGCACCACUUCAAGUGUUACAUCCGUUAUAGAUAAAACAGUUGUCAAACAUUAUGUGGCCAAUGAUAAAAGUAUCUAUGAGAAGCGAAAAUAUGAUGAUAUUGAAUUUGAGGAAUUUGAAAUCUAUGAUCCAACCAAAGACUUUGAAAAAUUAAUUGAAGAAGAGCAGAAGCGUAACAAUCCUGACAAUCACUCCUUCAACAGCAUAGAACAAAUCAAUGCUCAGCAACAGCAGCAACAACAACAACAUUCCACCACCUCAUCCUUGUCUUCCAAUACAUCAAAGGUCUCGGCCUCUUCCUCAAUGGCCACUGCCAAUAGUCAACAAACUGCGGCUUCAACGGAAACGGAAACAGAUUGUUAUGAUAGUCUAGAUGACAAGUUGUAAAAAACAGCAUGACAGACAGAAUGAAAUAAAGACGGACGAAGAGGAAAACGGAAACAUAUUGAUACUCAAAUAUGAAAUGGAAUGCCAGUAUCAAUAAACUUUAAAUGGAACAGCA